AUGGCAAAAAUCAACAAAAUUAAAGACGAGUUUUUACAAAGAAUAAACAGUGUGGUGAAAAAACAUGACAUUCCUCCCGAGUUAAUAUACAACUGGGACCAUACCGGUAUCAAUUAUGUACCUGUCAGCUCAUGGACAAUGGAGGUGGAGGGCACCCAGCGAGUCCCCAUAAUUGGUCUUGAUGACAAAAGACAAGUCACCGUUGUUUUCGCAGGCACAUUGAGUGGGGAUUUUCUAGCUCCACAAGUCAUAUACCAGGGGAAAACUUCUGCUUGUCAUCCUGAGUAUGAUUUUCCACUGGCUUGGAACAUAACUCACAGUCCUAAUCAUUGGGCCAAUACAGACACACAGAUGGAAUACACAUCGCGAGUUCUAGUACCUCACAUGGAUAAAACCAAGAAAAAGCUUGGGCUACCUAACACUCAAAAGUCACUGUGUAUUUUCGAUGUUUUCCGAGCGCAGAUGUCGAGAGAGUUCGUGGAUGAUUUGAAAAAAACAAAGAAUAUUGAAAUUGUGUAUAUACCACCAAGCACGACGGACAAGUUACAGCCCAUGGAUCUUGAAUGUCCGACUGACAUGUCCCAUAGUAUUUCACAUUGA